AAUUUUUUGAAGACAACAUAAGUUUUUUAGUUUAAAACUCUAGUUGUCUUAAUAGCUAUUACACAAUGCAAAGAUUACAAAUCUGUAAAUCAUUUAGUCAAAGUGGCCAAAAAUAUUUUAAAAAAUUGUCAAAUUGUCAAAUUUUGACAAUGUCUGGUUUACAAUCAAUCAGUUCGGCUGGAGUUUCCCGAUCAUCAGAUCUUGAAACCAAAUGUUGCCCCAUACAACACCGAUGGGUGUUUUGCAUUCUCGCUUUUUUGGCAAUUUUCAUCUCCUCAAUCAUGUUUUCCCUCCCUUCUCUCCUACACGAGACUAAAACAAUUUCAUUGAAGAACAUCAAUGGUUCUGACUUUUGUUCCAUAAAUCAUAAUUUUACUCUAAAAGUUUCGGUUUUAAAAGACCCCAAUUCCGCCACUAAGUACAUCACAUUAUUUGCAAUUCAUUGGGGGUACUUAUUGAGCUGCUUUCCGGCAGGAAUUUUCUCUGACCAAUUUGGGGGGAAGUACAUAAUGACUUUAAGUUUGCUUUUUUCCUCGUUUUGGUGUCUAGUGACUCCUGCAAUUGCUGUUUUGAGUAAAAACAGACCUGGUUGGAUGGCUGGAACGCAAUUUUUCCGGGGGUUUUUCAAAGGGAUUGUUUUUCCAACAAUCAUGUCUCUCCUUGCCCAAUGGGCUCCUGAUACCGAAAGGACAAAAAUGGUGUGUCUAGUUUAUGGUAGUUACUUCCUAAGCCAAGAAAUAUCUACUGAAAUACAAAAAUUUCUACCUGAAAAACAGUUAUAUUUCUUGUUUGGGUCAAUAGGGGUUGUUUUUUGCUUCUGUUGGCACCUGUUUCUGUACCCAACCCCUGAAGAUCACCCUUCUAUUACGCCAAAUGAACUAAAAUUUUUGGACGAAAAUACUGAAGAUAGGCCGGUCAAAGGGCGAAAAAACAUCCCAUGGGCCGGAAUCCUGACCUCUGGCCCUUUCUGGGCCGUUUUGAUUCUCCAAAUCGGGUUAUCCUGGAAUUGGGUCGUCUAUUUUUACGCAUAUGACAUCUAUUUGCCCGGAGUUUUGAAAUUCGAAGAUUACGAAAACACAAUAUGGAGGAUCCCUUUUUACCUUUGCUUCGGAUUUGCCCUUAUUUACGGUUUUAUUUCUGAUUGGUUUAUCAAAGAGAAGCUUUUAAGUGUGACCAUUUUGCGAAAAAUUGCCGCUCUUAUUGGUAAUUCUGGUUCUGCUUUCAGUUUAUUGUUUGUGAUUUUUGGCGGUUGUCACAGCAAUGCCGUUAUGAUUCAUUUUACAGUCGGGUUGUGUUUCCAAGCACUCUUUUAUUUGUCGUGUCGAGUCAAUCACUUGGAUUUGACGUCGAAUUUUGCUGGAACGUUGAUGGGAAUGACGAGGAUUUUUGAUAGGAUUUCAGAAUAUGUGGUAGAUUCAGAGCUUUCCUAUCUGCUAACGAUAGAAAGCAGUUUAAGGCAGUGGGCCGGGUUGUUUUGGUUUACUUUUGGAUUGAAUCUUCUUUCGACGUGCGUUUUUUUAAUUCUUGCAAGCGGGAUAAGACAAGGAUGGAAUUAUGUUAAAUAAACCAAAUUAAACUUUUA